UCAACUCAAUAACAAAAUGCUGAUCAACUAUAAAUCGAAUAGACUUUGAUAGCGAUAAACUCGGAUGUGGCACAAAGCAUUGCGCCUGACGUUGGCCCCGAGGUCGUAUGGUGUAUCAUAAGAGUCGAAUCGUCGCAUUUCGGUGAGGUCCCGCGCAAUCUGAAGGAAUGACCAAGUCCAACCAAUACUUUACUCCACGCAUGUUUAAAAUUGCAGCGCGCGUGUCAUAGUUUUCAACCCCAAUCCGUGAUUUUGCAGUCCACGACCCUUCAUAACCUUAAAAAGGCACGUGCAUUUGCUCCGUUUUGCGGCGUAGAAGAGUUUCCUCGUAUAUCAGACACUGACGGAGAGCCCAACCACCGCUGUUGCGCCUGCCACGAGAGUUGACAGGGACCGACGAAGAUGGCAACAGCAGCCGACCAGCUAAUGGCACCUGCCUCCCUCGCCACGAUAGCGCCAGUCAGCAACGGGCAACAGUCUCUGCUGGCAACGACAACAGCAGUAGCGAUGGCUGCCAGGAAUGGACAGGAGCAGCAGGAGCUCGUCGAGAACCAAAAAUCCACCUCCCCGAAGCCAAGCCCCAUGCCGAACCUGAAGCUGAACAAGAUGGGCUCGGUGUCGAGCAAGGAGAAGCGUGUCUACAAAAUCGUUUUAACUGGCGGUCCCUGUGGCGGCAAGACAACGGGCCAGUCCCGUCUGUGCACGUUCUUUGAGAACCUGGGAUGGAAGGUGUUCCGCGUGCCUGAAACGGCCACUGUGUUACUCAGUGGUGGCGUCAAGUUCUCUGAUCUGACCGAGAAAGAGGACCCGCCCACGCCAACCACGUUCGUUUACAAAGAUCUGCCAUUUGCCGCGCCGGAGCACAGUCUCAUCGACCUAACUGCAUCCUGUCCGCGUUGCUUGGCCAAGGCUGCCUCCAAGCCCAAUGGCAGCGAAGCGUACAAAUUUCAGGAGAAUCUGAUACGCACCAUGGUGCAAAUUGAGAACACCUACUUCGAGCUUGGGAACUCGAGCACCCGCAACUGCCUGAUUAUAUGCGAUCGCGGUGUCAUGGACGCCAGUGCAUAUAUAUCAAAGGACAAGUGGGAGAAGAUGAUGGCGGGCAACAAGUGGAACCCCGUCGAGAUGCGCGACAAUCGCUACAACCAAAUUUUGCACUUGGUGUCGGCGGCCAACGGAGCCGAGGACUUCUACUCUACGGAGGACCACGCCUGCCGUUCGGAGGGCGUUGAUCUGGCGCGAGAACUGGAUUACAAGUCAGCGGCUGCUUGGGUGGGACAUCCCUACUUCGACGUGAUCGACAACUCCACCAACUUCGAGGCCAAGAUGAAUCGCCUGAUCGAGUCCGUAUGCCAGAAGGUUGGCAUCGACAUCGGCGAUCGUCUGCAGGCCACAUCGCGCAAGCUGAAAUAUUUGGUGGCCAUGCUGCCGCCUGACAGCGAGUUUCCGCCCUUUCAAGACUUCGACGUGGUGCAUCAUUAUCUGCAGUCCGGCGGACCCAAGGUGCAGGCACGCCUGCGGAAGCGCGGACAGAAGAAUCACUGGAGCUACAUCCAUACGCAGCGGCGACCCAAUGUGCACGGCCAGGCUCGCAUCGAGGUGAAGACCCAGUUGACGCAUCGCGACUACAUGAACCUGCUGGCGCAACGUGACGAUGCUCACUUCACAAUCUACAAGAAGCGACGCUGCUUCUUGAUCAACAACCAAUAUUUCCAGCUGGACAUUUACAAGGAGCCCGGCCAUCCGCGCUGCAAGGGUCUGGUGCUGCUGGAAACGUAUUCUUCGCUCACUGGUGACGCGCUGAAAAACUGCAUGCCCAAGUUCUUGAACAUCGUGAAGGAGGUAACCGGCGAUCCGGACUAUUCCAUGUUCAAUCUGUCACUGAAGGAGGACUGGAGCACCACCAAGAAGUUCUGCCGCACAGCGACGCACGCCAAGGGCGCCGCUAACGGAGUCGCCAACACGCCGUUGCUACUCAAUGGCCAGUAGACUUCAAAAUUGUCCUGUUCCUCCCUGAAUCUCUUUUGCACAUGAAUAUUACACGACAACAAACAACAGCAAUGACCUGGCAACAAAAUGUACAAAGAGCUGACGUGUGAUUCACACGAAAGAGCAAGGUCCGAAAAGAUUAGAGCAUUCACGUGGAUUCUCGCAAGAGAUGAAGCAAUCGCCUGG